AAUUGCAAAAGGUUUAUUAAAACACGAAAGGGGAAAAAUUUUAUUUCCUCUUAUUUAAAAGUAUUCUUCAAAAUUUGAAUUAAAUAAAUUACAUUUCGUGUUGACUGACCAGUCCGCGAAAGUUAAGGAUAUCGAUUUCAGUUGAAGUAUUUAAUUUAAAAAUGACUGAAAAGUACUUUUUCGGUGGCAAUGUAGCUCCAAUAACAUGUCAUGCAUGGAAUAAAGAUCGUUCUCAAAUCGCUAUCUCUCCAAAUAAUCAUGAAGUUCAUAUUUAUGAACGCGAUGGAAACGAUUGGAAAUUAAUGGAUGUUCUUAAUCAACAUGAUUUACGUGUAAUGGGAAUUGAUUGGGCUCCAAACACCAAUCGAAUUGUUACUUGCUCUGUCGAUAGAAAUGCUUACGUUUGGACUCAAGGUGAAGAUAAAAAGUGGAAGCCUGCUCUUGUAUUGUUACGUAUAAAUCGAGCCGCGACUUGCGUCAAAUGGUCGCCUGAAGAGAACAAAUUUGCUUGUGGAUCGGGAGCUCGACUUAUUUCAGUAUGUUACUUUGAAGAGGAAAAUGAUUGGUGGGUAUCGAAGCAUAUCAAAAAGCCAAUUCGGAGCACUGUUACUAGCUUAGACUGGCAUCCAAACAAUGUUUUGAUUGUUGCUGGUUCCACUGAUUACAAAGUUCGAGUCUUCAGUGCGUACAUUAAAGAUAUUGAACAGCAACCUUCAUCGACUCCUUGGGGUAAAAAAAUGCCACUUGGACAAAUGAUGGCUGAAUUUAAGUCGUCUUACGGUGGAUGGGUCCAUUCUGUCAACUUUUCUGCUGAUGGCAAUAGGAUUUGCUGGUUGGGACAUGACAGUGCUAUCAACCUCGUUGACAUCAACAUUGGAUUGAACGUAUUUAGGCUGAAAACUGAAUUUCUUCCAUUUCUUAGCUGCAUUUGGAUAUCUCCAACUGCUUUUAUCGUAGCUGGUCAUAGCUGCGUGCCACUCGUUUAUUCGUUUGAUGGAACUAACAUCAUAUUCAAUGGAAAACUUGACCAGUCUCAAAAGCGUGAAGCUGGAGGUAUUUCAGCCAUGCGACAUUUUCAAUCUUUGGAUAGAAAUUCACGAUUAGAAAAUGACACUGCUUUGAAUUACAUUCAUCAAAAUGCAAUCAGUUGGAUUUCAAUUGUCAGCGGUAAUAAAAGUGGAGCUAAAAAGGUCAGUACAUCGGGACUAGAUGGCCAGCUCGUCAUUUGGGAUUUGAACACACUUACUCGUGCAAUGCAAAAUCUUAAGAUUUAA